GCAGCUCAUGUCAUAUGAUCGACGCGACUUUCGGGUGAGUCAAGUCGUAGUUGGAUGGAUUUUAUAGCGGCGGCUUUCAGUUUAUAAACGAGCGUCACAUUGUACGGUUGGGAAAGUGUGUGCUGUCGCAUGUUAAGGGCUUUCAAAAACGGUGUUUAUUUUUCGCCAAAUGACAGCCACGGUGGUGGCAACAACAGCAAAGCACGAUCGUUAAACAAUUCAAGCUAAUAAAAUAAAAUUGACGCUGUUGCAACGCGCGCGAUUGUAUCAGCAGUAAAUGACAACUUCAUGCAUACAUACAUUUGUAUAACGACAGCAGUGUGUGUGUGUGUGUGUGUGAAGGGUGUGUUCUUCGCGUAAAAAGUCAGUACAACGAAAGUAAUAAAAAAAACAUCCGCAUUAAAAAGCGAAAACAGUCGGUAACUCAAAUCUUUGGUGAAUAAAAAGAAUGUACAAAAUAUUAAAAAAAAACACGAAGAAAUUAUACUUCGUAGUGUUGCCAACUACAAAGUUAUUUAAUCAUUAAGUCAAUCGAACACCACAACAACAAAGAAACAAGAGACUGUCGUCACUCAGUCAUUCAACGAAUCGUUCAGUUUUGUGCGCAAAAUUGCAAUUGGAUACUUUUCAUUUUUUCGAGUGUGAUUUUUUUUGUUGUUGUUGCUUUAUCUUUGCAUCAUUAUAUACGGCUGGAAUAAGUGCAUUUAUUAUAAUAUGAAAGCAAACGCUGGCGACGACGAGUCAUAUUACCAGCUGAGUCGCUCUACGGCUAGCUAGCCAGGCAACCGCACGCCAAAGCAAUUGCACCUGACUGUUUGCUAAGGCUAUAAGAAAGAAAUAAAUUCAAGCAGCAGCAACAAAACAAAAAAAAAAAACAAAGUCAAACGAGUAUUUAAUUUUGGACUACUUGAAUUGCUCUGCUGUGGCGAAAAACAAAAGCGUCAUACGGCGUUAAACUGUUUUCGAAUCUUCUGUUUUUGAAUAUGGUAACAGCAGUUAGAAUUCGUACCGCUUGAUAUUAUUAUGGCACUGUGCCCAAGCUGAAUAACGGCACGUCAACCGAUAAACUUCGUACGCGUAUUACGGUUUAAACAUUAUAUUUUUGUUAAAUUUUUUCGCUGGUCGCAAACUUGACGCUUAAAUUAUGAGCAACAUGAAGAAUGGGUUUUCCACACUCAAUCGUUGGUUGGGCAAGAAGAAUAAAACCGAUAAAGCCACGCCCAAUGGCAAGCUGUCGAAAUCGAGCACAAACCUAAGCAGUCUGUCCGUCUCGUCGACGAACAUCAACGAAACUAGUCAGCUGGAAUAUAACCGCAUCACACCCCUGCCGGUAGCCACAAGCAAUGCACCUUUCGAACAGACCUUCCGGAUCACCGUGCUCCUACCAAAGGAUCAGCUGUACGUCGCUCGCCUGGGCGCGCGAGUACCACUCAGCAAACUGCUGGAGCUGGUGUGCGAAAAUAAGCUCUUGGAUGCAACUAAAUAUGAGUUUAGAAGUCCAGUUGACCUCGGUCAGGUGUACAGCUGCGAUUUAACUAUAGGCGCUGUGGGCCUUUCUGAGAUACGUCUAUGUCACAAGUCCGAGUCGUAUGACAAUUUCAACGCGGACGAAAUUAUUAAGCUACACCGCACAGCUAUCAUACGCGAUUCUCUGUCCUCAUCGGAGUUCAGCAGUCGCUACUCAAAACAUACAACGAAGACAACUAGUCCCUAUAGCUCGAGCAAUUCACUCAACUCGAUGGACUCGACGGGCAUGAAUUGCGUUCGCACCCCGGUCACUCCGCCUGCGACGCUCACCACCACAGCGGCCCCUAACAAAAUAGCUGCUCCUCCCAGAAAGAAACGUGCUGCGCCACGGCCGCCGAGCCAGACUGCCAUACCGGAGAAAACGGUGCUCGUGACUAAUGGCAGUGCUCACACAAACAAUGAAAAUAUGGAAUGUUCAGACGAUUCAUUGCCGCGCAAGGAUCGCUUCGCAUCAACGCCGAAUCUUUCGGUGCAGCCCGGUACCAAUGACAUCGACUCUAACGGAAACAUCGGUAGCCCCAACAUCGAAGAGGAAAUAGAGUCAAGCCUGAAUGGUUAUGCGAAACAAGAUGUAGAGCUGGAGGAAACACAAGUACAACAAAAGAAUGCACGCAACCUGUGUGGGGGCAGCAUACAGAAUUUGUCUAGUUCGGCAGGGUUGUCACAAUCUAUCGAAUUUCCAGAGCCAUCGCCACGCAAACGCAUGAUACAAAUGAAAAAGAAGGUGGCUGCACCUGCACCUCCAUCUAGGAGCAGCAUGUAUGCGGAUUCUGAUACAAUUUCCAUAAAGUCAAUGACGCCGUCUACUCCGGACACGCCAUUGACUCCUCUAACACCAAACACGCCUUCAGCGGACAUGAUCAGCGAUUCAGAGCUGGAACUCAAAAGUUCGCUCCACAACAGCAACAAGCAGACUUCACCGACACCGUCGGCCCGCGACUCCAAAGCCAACACAAGUCCGCUGCAAUCAUCCACACCUGUUCUAGGAACAAGUUCUUUGGAGCCGUCGAAUUCGCCAUUAGAAGCAGUGGCAGAGGUGCCUAAACCCCUACCAAGAGUGACUACAAAUACUCUUCUAAAUGGCAGCAGCACAUCUAUUGAGGCCUCUUCCCCCCCGCUUCCAACUACAAAUGUUUCUAAGAUAAUGCUGAAUCGUACACCAACGCCUGAGCCGCGAUCCCUUUCCACUGAGCCUCCGUGCUCUGAUAGUCGAAGCUACUUGGGCGCGCAUAUUGCCGCACUAGAGAGCACAUCCGUUUUAGAUCAAGACGAUAAUGCAUCGUCAAAACAAGCAGAUUGUGUUAGCUUUCUGGGCACACACAUAGCGGCUCUCAAAAGCACAUCCGCUUUGGAACGCGAUGAUGACGCCUUGUCCAAGCAGGCCGACUCAGGCAUCGGCGAACCGAUACCAUCUCCUAUACCUGACAGCCUGCCAUCAGAAGGUUCCGCACAUGAAGGAAAGUCAGCGUUCGAAUCGAGCUCAGAUGAUGACGACAUUGUUAAGGUUUAUAAUUUCAAACUCGGAAAAACAGUAGUCAAAUCUCCAACUGAACCCCACACUUUGGAGGAUUUCGUUGUUCUGGCCGCCGAGACUCAAACCGACAGCGAAGGUAAUACGCCAGCGCUAGCAACGCAAGAAGCAACUCCAAACUUUUCUGAUAGCGCUUCGUGGAAUUUUGCAAUUCCCAUAUCCCCUCCGCCUAAUUUCGCUGAUGGACGAUUCGCGGAUGGGAUUGAAAGUGAAAAGCCAUCAGAUGCGCCCAUUACUCCGAAGAUCAAGGAACGGCCCGUCAUGGAUUUUGAAUCGAUUUCCGGCAUUAAAGUUGCUCACAACACAAAUAAUGAGGUGGCGAAACCACUCGACGAGAAGAUUACUAUAGAUAAAACCGGUCCAUUACCAAGUCCAACCACACCUUUAAAUGAGAUCGUAGAUGAGCUCUCGGCGAUAAUUAACGAGAAGCGUUUGGACACAAUAAUCAAAAAGGUGGAAGAUGAACCAAAGAUUGAAGCAGCAAAACCAAACACCUUAUCGAACUUUAGCAUAACGACAAUCACACAACAGACACAAGAAAAACAACCACAGACAGCAAGCUCCACUCAAAGGAAAAUCGAUCCCACAUCAGAUGAACUCAUCAUCGGUGUGGCAACAGCAAAUAAUGAGUCGAAUUUGAACUCAAUCGAUUCAGCUUCGAAGCAAAGACAAGCACAACUGACAACAGAAAUCACUAAUACCAUUCUACCACCAAACUCGAUUAGUUCUGAAAGCCCAUUGCCACAAUCAUCACUCGCCAAAAUCGAACAGAAUGGUUUCAGUCCCAGCCGAAGACGAUCAUCUGGCGAAUUGAGCAUUGGAGAAUCGCCCUCUCUUCAGAGUCCUGAGGUGAUUAAGACUAUUCUCAACUCACGCAAAAACAGUUCGGCCAGUAAUAGUGAUGGCGAAUCAAAGGCGGCGUCAGCGGAAACUGCUAAGCCUAUCGAAAAGAUAUCCGGGGAGAACGUUAACAUUGCUCCAAUAGCCGAAACACCAAAGAACAUAAAUGACGAAGAAAACGCGGCAGAAGCGAUAAAUGACUCGACACAGCGCACAAAACCAAAGGAGCUGCCCAAAGUGUACCGAUACUCCGGACCGCCAAGCAUUAAUUUCUCUACAUGGAACGAACGUCCCAAGGUACAAGUGUCCAUCAAAAACGAAGGUGACUACAUCUUUGGUGGCAAGAAUGCGGACAGUCAGAGCGCUGCAGUUACGACGGCUGCCCUCGAAAUAAACACAAUUUCACAGGCGCGCAGCAAUCGCCUUUCAAUGCCGGCGAGCGCAUUCUGGGCCGAACGUGAGAAUGCUCCGCCGUCAGUUGCUCCGAAGCCCGUGGCAAUUGCACCGACGGAGCGCAUGGGUAUACCCGCGAAGGAGUAUCGUGUGCCGAUGACUGUUAAGCCCCUGCAGGACGUAACAGCUGAAAAUGUAGAACUGCAUACGACAACAACAAACAGCGCGCGGCACCAAGUUCCGACAAAAAUAGGACAUCGGAAGUCUACUAGCAUUACAACGGUUUUACUCAACGGAGAUUCAGAAACGGAAGCAAAUAAAAGCGAAUCAAUCACAAAAAGAUCAUUUGCAACUACAGUGCACACGUCAACAUUACCGCGCAGCAACACGAACCGGUUCAGUACACCAGUGGCAAAUAUAGUGGGCCCAUCACUGCUGCGCUCAACAUCCAUCACCCAAUUGGAGGCCAGCAAGCUGAAACAUAAUCACACUGAGGCCGCACCGCCACCUUUUGGUCAGAACACACUUCGAAAGACUGGACUGAAAGAAAAAAUACUCGCAAAAGAAGCGGAGACACAAAAGAACGCAAAAGAUGAUAGCAGCACUCCAUCGCCCAUGCCCCCAAGGGCACAAGAGUCAAAAACUGAAGACACCACAACGAUUUCCAACGGUUUCGUGAGCGUAACAAAACCGAAAGCACCAUGGGAAAAAAUAAGCGUCAAUCAGAAGGCGGGGAAACCCAUUCAAAGUGCCAAGCUAGAACUUAAACUGCAGAAAUCGACCAGCGUCUAUUUGAACCAACGGAACCCGAGUCCAACAGCAAACACAACAACGACUUUAAACACUCAGUCAGGGCCAAAAUCUGCGCCCAUCGCACCGCCAUUACCGCCAGCGCCGACCAAGGUCGUGCCGUUGCGCACACCUAACGGUAGCGCGGCAACAACACCUAGCAGCCCGGAUCCAAGAGACCAACUACUAGUAGCAAUACGCAACUUCAAACGCGAAGAACUGAAUCCUGUCUGAGGAAGCGCUGCGGCAAACGACGGCUAGUGCGCGAUGAGAAGACAGAUGAUUUGGCGAAAAUAGUCACAAAAAGCUGGACUGAAAUGUUGUAAAUUAUUAUUGUAAAUUUCUUUUUAUAAAUAUGUAUUUUAAAAAACAUUAGCAAAGGAGUUUUUAAGCCGAAGUCAACGUAAUGUUAUUAGUUUAGUUUACAACGUAGGAAACGUGAGUGUCAUUUGCGCAAAGACGUGGCCGCGACUUUAGCAGCGGCUAUUUCCCACGCCGGUCCGGUUCCGACCCAAAACAAUGGGAGCAUAUGAAAAUGAUUAUAUUAUAAAUAUGCGUAAAUAAAUAUAUAUAUACUUUUAUGAAUAAAAAUAGCAUAAUGAGGGAUUAACAUAAAAAAAAAAUGCUGUAUAUUUUUUAAAGUUGUAGUUUCUAAUAACCAAAAAUUAAAGAAAUAUUUUUCAACGCCUGGCAGUCGAUGAACGUUGCUUUGAGGGUCGGACUCAAGCCACAGGUUUAAAACAUACCUUACACUUAUAACAUCUAACAAAUAUUUCUAUAAGAGCUUUAUGCAUAAGAAGUGAGCUGAAAAUUCUAUUCAAUUGUCCGUGCAAGGUGUUAAGUUUAAGCUUCCUUCAUCAGCAUUGGAAUGGAGUUUAAACUUAAGCUGACAUUUUAAGCACAAAGCCCAACACAUUGUAUAUAUUUUAAUCAAUAUUCAAAGGAAUGUAUGUAGGAAGGGACGCAUAUAGUUAGCAAAUGCUUUUAUGCGUAUUAUUUAUAUUUUACUGUUUUAUCAAAAUAUAAGAAAUGGAUAUACUAAAAUGUUAUAAUAAUAAAGCCCAAUUAAUGCGUA